GCCACGAACAUCUUCAUUUGCCUGGAGACUUGGGGGUACUCCUUGAGCUACAUAGUCGGCGCAUCCAUGAACAUCAGUCAGUUGGUUGGCGAUGACACCUCGACCAACUGGACUGGGAUCUUGGUAUCUGUGAUAUUCGCAUAUGCGCUCUCCUGCAACCAGCUGCGCAAUUUGACUGUCGCCGGCAUUCUUUCCAACAUU